CUGUAAGCAAGGGAGUGGCUCCUUCUCCUCUCCCUUCCAUCCCCCGACACCACUGCCGCCAGCAGGAGCAAUGGGCAUCUGGGGGUCGCAUCUGUACUCCGUGCAGCCUGAGAAGCUGGACGAGCUGAUUGAGAACUCCCUGAGGCCCUAUGAAGAGUGUCAGAGACAGAUCCAUGACACGGUGAACGCCAUCUGUGCCAUCCUGCAGGAAACGGAGCAGAGCCCCCCCACGAUAAGUGUGGUCAAAGGUGGCUCCUAUGGCAGAGAAACGAUGUUGAGGGGCAACUCCGAUGGGACGAUUGUCAUCUUUGUCAGUGACUUUGAACAGUUCCAGGAUCAGAAAAAAAAACAAGAUGAAAUCCUCACCAAGCUCUGGCUGUGUCUGACAGAGUGUCAGUUCACCAGGAAGAUGCCAGCCAAAAUGGAGGUCCAGAAGUCCCCCAGUGGUCUCACCUUACAGCUGUCCACAAGAUCGCAGAACAUCAUGUUCAAGGUGCUGCCUGCUUACAAUGCUCUGGGCUUGAGCGAGAAGCCCACCCCUCAGACCUACCGAGAGCUCAGAAGAGCCCUGGACAUGACCAAAGCCCACCCUGGCGAAUUCUCCGUCUGCUUCACCGAGCUCCAGCAGAGGUUUUUUCACAACCAUCCAAGAAAGCUGAAGGAUUUGAUCCUCUUGGUAAAGUACUGGUACCAACAGUGCCAGGAGAGGCUGAAAGGUCUGUCCCAUCUGCCCGUGUAUGCCUUGGAGCUGCUCACGGUCUAUGCCUGGGAACAGGGGUGCAGAGCAGAAAACUUUGACAUGGCAGAAGGCAUCCGAACUGUCCUGGGGCUAAUCAGACAGCAGGAGCAGCUGUGCAUCUAUUGGAUAGUCAACUACAACUUUGAGAAUGAGACAGUCCGGAACAUUCUGCUGAGCCAGCUGAAGUCACCCAGGCCGGUAAUCUUGGAUCCAGCCGACCCAACCAAUAACGUGAGCAAAGAUAAGGCGUGUUGGCAACUGUUAAAGCAAGAAGCUUUGAGCUGGUUGUCUUCUCUCAGCCCCAGUCAGUCACCUGGAUCAUCAUGGAAUGUUCUGCCCGUGCCGCUGUUCGCCACCCCGGGCCAUCGUCUAGACAAGUUUAUCAAGGACUUUCUCCAGCCCAACAAACAGUUCCUAGACCAGAUCACCGUAGCUGUUAAAUUCAUCCGUGAAUUCCUUCAAAAAAAUUGCUUUAGGCAUUCAAGGACGAAGGUUCAGAAGACUGUGGAGGGAGGGUCGACAGGCAAAGGCACAGCUCUGAAGACUGGCUCCGAUGCCGACCUCGUUGUGUUCACAGACUCGCUUAAAAGCUACACCUCCCAAAAAAACGAGAGAUGCUGUAUCAUCAAGGAAAUCCAUACACAGCUAGUAGCCUGUCAGCGGGAGAAAGAGUUCGAAGUACAGUUUGAGAUUUCAAAAUGGAAGGCUCCCAGGGUGCUGAGUUUCUCUCUGAAAUCCAAAGUGCUCAACGAAAGUGUGAACUUUGAUGUCCUGCCUGCAUUUAAUGCCCUAGGUCAACUGAAUUCUGGCUCCCCACCCAGCCCCAAGGUCUACGCUGAUCUCAUCGAUCUGUAUAAAUCGUCAGACGCCGUGGGCGGAGAAUUUUCCACCUGUUUCACGGAGCUGCAGCGCAAAUUUGUUGUCUCUCGGCCCACUAAACUGAAGGAUCUAAUUCGUCUGGUGAAACACUGGUACAGACAGUGUGAAAGGAAACUGAAGCGUAAAGGGUCUCUGCCCCCGAAGUAUGCCUUGGAGCUGCUCACCAUCUACUCCUGGGAGCAGGGGAGUGGGGCAGAGAAUUUCGACACCGCAGAAGGUUUCCGGACAGUCCUGGAGUUGAUCACAAAAUAUCGGCAGCUCUGUGUCUUCUGGACAGUCAAUUACAACUUUGAGGAUGAGACUGUGAGGAACUUCCUACUGACCCAGAUCCAGAGGACCAGGCCCGUGAUCUUGGACCCAGCGGACCCCACCGGCGACGUGGGUGGAGGCGACCGAUGGUGCUGGCAUCUCCUAGCAAAAGAAGCUACUGAGUGGUUGUCCUCUUUCUGCUUCACAGAUGGGACUGGAUAUCCUGUGCAAUCGUGGAAAGUGCCAAUAGUGCAGACACCAGGCAGCUGUGGCAUGGGGAUUCAGCCUCUGGUCAAUGAGAUGUUCGCAGUCAGAAGUCCUAGAACCCUGGAAUGGUCAUUCUAGAAGAGACGUCUGGGGGUCGUCCAGCAGCUGCUUCUUAAAGAAUCCGCU